AAUAUAUGCUUGCAAAAAGAAAUUUAUCGUUAAUUAAAGAAAAACAUUCUUUUUUAGAUCUGUUUAAAUAGUUAUUGAGAAUAUGAAGUUGAAAACAUCGAUUGUUAUUCUGUCCAUACAAAUUAACUUGUUAUAUAAUAUAUAUAGUUUCUAUGCAUAGAGAUUGUAUUCCCAAUUCAUGUGAAUUGGGCCGGCUGUGUUAACGGCUUAACAUGGCCUAACAUUAUCUUCUUCGAUCGCAUUAUAUGACAGUGACUUGCUAUGGUCUUUUUAUGCACGUCACACUUGCUUACCAUACCAAUUACAUUUUAAACAAUUAAUCAAUGUUGUUUCAAUAUUAAAUGCGCAUACAUAUGUCUAAAUAUUAGUAUUUGACAUAGCAUAAACUGAUUGCAUUAAAAGAAAGAGUAAAUAAAUUACUAGAUUAUUAUUAUUAGUGAAACGAAGUGUACACCAUUUUUAAAAUACAGCUCACAAUAUCCCACAUUGACGGUCGAUAUAAAAACAAAAAUGGACUUUUUAUGCAGUUGUACAAAGUUCCAGAUGUGAUGUGUCACUUUUGAUGUGUAUGCUCCUUCCUUUUCUCUUAUCAUCUAUCUCUAUUCGUCGACAGGAGACGUGCGUGAAUAGCUCGAAAGUAAAUAUUAAAUUUAUACAAAUUUGUUUUCUACAGUUAAAAAAAAACACAAUGGCAUUUCAUGAAUUAGUAGAAGGAGAAUGUGGUGUUCCCAGUUCAUUAAUUCGCCUUACAUCACAUUUUGUGAAAGAUCAUGGCUUCAAGGAAGAAGGAAUACAUCGUCCUUUUAUACCACCAGAAUCAUUUCAAGCCACAGAUUCUGAACAGUUAGUGAAACAAUUUAUCGAAGAAACGUCAUGUCCACAAACAUUUCGAAUGGAUAAUUUAUUACAAGAGAUGCGUGAAAUCGAUCAAAAUAUUCAACCACCUGUAGCAGCGCCAGGAGUAGUUAAGGAAUUAACUGGUUUAGAUACCUCUUGGGCAAAUCAAUAUUUAGAAUCUGGAAGACACUUUGAUGAACAUCACACGGAUGAUAUUUGGAAUACAUCAGUAAUAAAAAACAAUCAAAUUCCUAUCAUUCAAGCUCAAGAAACUCACGAAUUUGGAUUGGAUCCAAAAUGGGCAGAAGAAUAUUUAGAACAUAGCAUAGAUAAUGUAGAAAACAAUAUUCCCAAGCAUGAAGUAGCAGAAACAAUAGAAAAUAAUGAAAAUUCUAAUUUAGUGUAUUCUAAAUUUAUGAAAUUUAUGAGACAGGAGGGUGAAGUUCCAAUAAAAAAUGUUGAAUUGUCAUUACCAGAUUCUAAUAAUACAGAGGAUAAUUGGCCAGAAGGAUAUGUCAAGCAAAAACGUAAUGAAAAUAUAUCUGAGAAUAGUAACAAUGAAAAUAAAGUUUUGAAUCAAGUAGAAGAAGAUUUAUCUGUAGCUGGUACUUGGAUCGAUGAAUUUGUAAAGGAAAAUAUAUUUUCUGCGGAUGUUGACAAUUACGAGUCUACAUUUUGGACGCGUCUUCAAAAUGAAUGGGAUAAGAUAUCAUCAUCGGAUGAUAUUUCUACCGUACAUCCAUGGAUAUCAGAAUAUGAAGCGUAUUACGAUCCAUUUAAGGAUUACGCGUUUCAUAAUGAGAAUCCUAUGAAGAAUUUACCUGAUGCAUUAGGGGAAGGUAUAAAAAGACUGAAUGUAGGUGAUUUAUCAAGUGCAGUUCUUUGUUUUGAAGCGGCGGUACAACAAGAUGAAAAUAAUUCUGAAGCUUGGUUACUUCUUGGCAAGACUCAAGCAGAAAAUGAACAAGAUCCCUUAGCUAUUUCUGCGUUAAAACGUUGCCUGAAACUUGACCCUUUAAAUGGGACAGCCCUUAUGGCCCUUGCAGUUUCUUAUACAAAUGAAUCUUAUCAAAAACAAGCAUGUUUAACACUAAAAGAAUGGCUAUUGAAGAAUGAGAAAUAUAAGCAUCUUUCGAUUUCAAAAACUGUCACAGAGCACAACCCAAGAUCCAGUGUAUCAACAAUUUUAUUUGAUGAUGUACACAAGGAAGUACAAAAAUUAUAUAUACAAGCAGCUAGAAUGAUUCCUCGAGACCAAAUAGAUGCCGAUGUGCAAUGCGGUCUUGGUGUAUUAUUCAAUUUAUCCAGCGAAUAUGAUAAAGCUGCUGAUUGCUUUCAAGCUGCUUUACAAGUUCGACCUGAUGAUUCUAGAUUAUGGAAUCGAUUAGGAGCGACAUUAGCCAAUGGUCAGCGUUCAGAAGAAGCAAUAAAUGCGUACCAUCGUGCCUUAGAAUUAUCGCCAGGUUUUAUCAGAGCACGUUAUAAUCUUGGAAUCUCUUGUGUUAAUUUAGGAGCAUAUAAAGAAGCUGGAGAACAUUUACUAACAGCUUUGAAUCAACAAGCUGCUGGUAGAGGAGUUCAAGGAGAAUACAUAACACCUAAAGCAAUGUCGAACACGAUAUGGUCAACUCUCAGGCUAGUUUUAUCAUUGAUGCACAAAUAUCAUUUGAAUGAAGCCAUAGAAAAUAGAGAUUUGUCAAAGUUAAAUAAAGAAUUUGAGAUUGUAUAGGCAGUUCCUGCCUUUAGCAGAAAAUACAGAGAUAGCAAUGAUUUGAGCAUGAAAUAACUGCAUUAUUAUAUAUAAAGGCAUGUAUACUUCUGGAACCUCUGGGAUGUAGUUAUUAUAAAAGAAAUAUGGUUUUUUCAUUAUUGAGAUAUAGAAUAAAUGAAAUAAAAGAUAUUUUAAAUAAAUCACGAAACAGUUAUAUAUAUGCGUGUAAUUGUACAUGACAUAACGUUCAAACAACUUUUCUAUUUAUAUAUAUUUUGAUCUUACAAGGGUGAUUUUGAUACUAUAUUUACAUAUAUAUAACACACAUCAUGAAAAUAGUACUGGAACUUAACCACAAUGGAAUUUAUUAAUUGUUCUAAUACAUGAAUUAUUAAGUUCAACUGUAAUAAUCUUGUUGGAUGAAAAUAUUAUUACUUUCAUAACUCAGUUGUAAUAUCAUUAAAGUUAUCAUACUCAAUUAUGAAGUUGUUGUGAAGAAACAGUUAUUAGCGAAGUUUAUUGUUGUGCCAAUUUAUUGUUGAGACAAAUAAUUCACUAUUCUAUACAGAUUAAAUGAAUGGAAAACACAGUGCGAUGAAAAAUAACACAAUUAUAUAAAUAAAAAAAUUAAUCUUUAA